AUGUUAGAGGACCUGAACAUAUCGGACAUCCAUUCCUUAGGCAAGCCCCAGGCUAUUGAGGUUCUUUCGCAGAUCACACGCAUCGAGAAGAAGACUUUUCCCGCUAGUGAGGCGUAUCCUUUUGGCGAGGAGCUCUGGCGCAAAAAGCCAAACACCAGAGUAAUCUAUGUGACCCUAGCACCACAGGGGCCGUUGAUCGCCUAUGCCCUCUAUGUUCGUCAGAAAGGGGCUGCCUUCCUGCACAAGGUUUGCGUCGCAGAGGCAUUCCGCCAGAAGGGCGUUGGGAUGCAAUUGAUGAAGUUCAUUCGAACUCGGCUGCAAAAGGAAGGUUGCCAGUGUGUUCAUCUCUGGGUCGACAAGGGCAGGGAACCUGCGCGGUCUCUGUACAUCCGUAAUGGCUUUGAGGAACGCGAGAGGUUUCCUGAUUACUAUGCACCAGGCCGUGACGGCAUCAAAAUGGUCCUCGAUCUUGAGCGUGGUACCUGA